CAAAAUAUGUUUUUAAAAUAAAAGAAACUUACGCCCGGAACUGUACUUGUAUUUAUUUCUCUUCAAAAUGGAUCCUGCACUUUUGCGGGAACGUGAGGCGUUUCGAAAGAAGGCGCUUGCUACACCAAGUGUUGAAAAGAAAAAGAAAGAUGAUUCACAAUUUAAAGAUGAUACAAAGAAGAAGUCUAAGUCAUCAUCCAGCUCUGUCAGCGCAGGACCAAAGCUGGAUGCUACAAACUACAAAACUAUGGCCGGAAGCUCGUCAUACAGAUUUGGUGUUCUCGCUCGUAUCGUCCGACACAUGAGAGCUAGACAUCAAGAUGGAGAUGACCACCCGCUGACUAUUGAUGAAAUAUUGGAUGAAACAAACCAACUGGAUGUUGGAAACAAAAUUAAACAGUGGCUUCAGACAGAAGCACUACCAAGUAAUCCAAAGAUUGAGACCACUCUUGAUGGAAAGUUCAUAUUUAAGCCUGUAUACAAAAUAAAAGACAAGAAAUCAUUGUUAAGGCUACUAAAGCAACAUGACUUAAAAGGGCUUGGAGGUAUUUUUCUGGAGGAUGUACAAGAAUCUCUACCACAUUGUGAAAGAGCAUUGAAACACUUGGCACAGGAAAUACUAUACAUCACACGGCCAACCGACAAGAAGAAAAUAUUAUUCUACAAUGACAAAACUGCUACUCUAGAUGUUGAUGAAGAAUUUGUUAAGCUCUGGCGUGCUACAGCUGUAGAUGCGAUGGAUGACGCCAAAAUUGAGGAAUAUCUAGAGAAACAAGGUAUUAAAUCAAUGCAAGACCAUGGACCUAGGAAGCCUGUAGUUCCAAAGAGAAAAAAGGCUUCUCAAAAGAGAAGACAAUUCAAGAAACCAAGAGAUAAUGAACAUUUGGCUCAUGUACUGGAAACUUAUGAAGAUAACACACUUACACAACAGGGUGUCACUGUUAAGUAAAAUUAAAUAAUAAUUAAGACUGA